AUUGCAAUAUGGUCCUUAUUUUUCAUUUCAUCUUUCCCCUCGUCUGCGUCUGGCACCCUGGCUCUCUCUCCUUCCUCGCCGUCGUCGCCGGAGAUUUCGGCGCCGAAAACCUAACAUCGGCUGUUGAUUCCUGAGUUUCGAUAAGACUUGGGGUGGUUUUUGAGUUCCGAAAUCUCGUGUUUGUCUAUCAAUCAAGUCUUCGUGAUUGGUUCACUGUCUCAAAUAUGAAGAUUCUGAUAUUCUUAGCGCUGCUCUGUUACUUGUUUGCCUGUUCUUCCGGCGAGACGACUAUACACACGAACAACUGGGCUGUCUUGGUCUGCACUUCUCGCUUCUGGUUUAACUAUCGGCACAUGGCAAACACUUUGUCCCUGUAUAGGACAGUCAAGAGGCUAGGAAUACCAGAUGAGAGGAUAAUUCUGAUGCUAGCGGAUGACAUGGCCUGCAAUGCUAGAAAUGAGUAUCCUGCUCAAGUUUUUAACAAUGAGAACCACAGGCUUAACUUGUAUGGGGAUAAUGUUGAGGUAGAUUAUCGAGGGUAUGAAGUAACAGUUGAAAACUUUUUACGGGUUUUGACUGGGCGUCAUGAGAAUGCUGUUCCAAGGUCAAAGCGUCUCUUAAGUGAUGAGGGAAGUCAUAUUCUACUCUACAUGACUGGGCAUGGGGGUGAUGAGUUUCUGAAAUUUCAAGAUGCAGAAGAACUCCAGAGCCAUGAUUUAGCUGAUGCUGUAAAACAAAUGAAAGAGAAGCGUAGAUUCAAGGAGCUGCUCAUAAUGGUUGAUACUUGCCAAGCUGCCACUCUCUUUAACCAGCUUCAAUCUCCGGGUGUUUUGGCCAUCGGUAGUAGUCUUAAAGGAGAGAACUCAUAUUCGCACCAUCUAGACUCAGAUGUUGGUGUGUCAGUUGUGGACCGUUUUACAUUCUAUACUCUGGCAUUCUUCGAAAGGCUAAAUAUAUAUGACAAUGCAUCACUGAGCAGUUUGUUUAGCUCCUACGAUCCGAGACUGCUAAUGUCUACUGCCUAUUACCGGACAGAUCUUUACCAACCACAUUUGGAGAAGGUGCCAGUGACAAACUUCUUUGGUUCAGUCAUGGAGACCAUACAUACGGAUUCCACUUACAAGGCCUUCUCUGGUAGAAUCUCUGACAAAAUCAACUCUGACACACUGUUCAGCCAACGUUCUCAGCACGGUAAUAGUGAAACACUUGACAAUGUAGAGGCUUCUAAUGAAAUCCACGAACUGAAAACCGAGAAGAAACAAUGCCCAUAUACGCAAAUGCGGAGAGAUCUCCACGAGAGAUUAGAGAAGCUCGCAGAUGUCGAUACGGUGGUUAACCUCGGGAUAGUCACGAUGCUUCUGCUCGUUGCGGCUUCCACGUGUUUGCUGACGUGAAGAAUAGGACUCAAUUGGCAUUUCUGAGACAUUUCUUGUUAGCAUAUCUGUUGAUAGAGGAAAGAUGAUUGAUUCUUCGUCUCACAAGAUUUUAGGACAAACCUUCAGUUCUCAAACUGUGUCGCAUGCAGGGUUCCUCUUGUUUUGGUUCUGAACAUAGUUUCAAAACAGAUCUCUUGUCUUCCUCUAACUUAUGAUCCUUCUUUUUGGUCUGUGUUCAUACAUGCAAUGGAUCUUUUUGGUUACUAUUUGUCCA